AUGAGCAAGCGCAACAAAACUCGCCCCGGUCCGGCCAGGACCCAGAGGCAACGUUCAAUUCAAGCGGACGGCAUUUACAACAAUGCUCCGUUUAUGCAUGCAGCCACAUCGCAUGUAGGCAAUAUUGUCCAGAUACAAACACCGGCCGGUCAGAUAUACGAAGGAGUGUUCAGGACAUUUUCCUCACAGUUUCAGAUUGUGCUGGAAAUGGCACAUCGCGUUGAGAUCGGAUCCGACCAGAAGCCAAAAAUUAUCGUAGAAUCUUUCGUCGAUCGACUGAUCUUCAAACCGAACGACAUAGUGACGCUGGCCGCGAAGGACGUCGAUCCGGAGGACGCGACGAGAGAUACAUUCAAAACCGAUACGGCCAUUUCGCGCUGCAACGGCACGAACUGGCUGGAGGAUCGAGUGCUCGAACCGUGGGACGAGAGUGGCGAUGUGAAUGGUGAAUCCCUGGAGCACAGUCUCGAGCUCGACUCGAACGCCGAAGGUUGGGACGUGAAUGAUAUGUUCCUGAAGAACGAACAGGUGUACGGUGUGCAGUCUACGUUCGAUCAAUCCCUGUCCGGGUACACGGUUCAAAUUCAAAAGAAAGACAGCGAAGAGUUUAAGGUGCAGGAGCAGGAGGCGGAAAAGAUUGCCAACGAGAUAGAGAACAAUCCGGUGUAUAAGGAGCGCAUCGAUAUCGAGAACGGUGACGAAGAGGCCGCCUUUGCAGCGGUCGUCCGUCCGAACAGUAACGCCAGCCCACAGCCAGCCGCCACACAACAGGGCACGGGCGGUGCUGCUACCGAUAAGAAUUCGAACAGCGUGGUCAGCAACAGCAGUGGUAACGCAGCAAAUAGUAAUAGUAACGGAAACAAUAACCUUACGAACAAUACAAGCAAUUCGACCAACAAUAACAAUAAUACGGCGAUGCCUUCGAACACGAAGUACAUAGUACCGGCGAAGCGCAAACCGGGACAGCCUGGAGGCAAGCUGGUGGUUCGCAGCCCGUCCCUGGCCAACAGUAACAACAAUAACGGAGGUCCAGCAGUGGUGACGCCACAGCAACAGCAGCAGCAACAACAGCCGCCCAGCCCACAGGCUCCGCACAAGAACAGUUACGGGCAGAUGAUGUCACAGCAGCAGCAGCAACAACAACAACAGCAACAACCUCCACCUGGCGGCCAGCAACAUGGCGCCGGCGGCGGCGGCGGCGGUGGUGGUGGUGGGGGUAUGGGUCAUCCGCCUGGUCCUCAGUAUGGCAUGCACCCGAAUCAAUCGCCCUAUGGGCACGUGCAACAUCAACAACAACAGCAACCAACUCCGCAACAUGGCCAACCGUCGGUUAUGAACUCGAAUAAAAUGAAUGGCGACGGUAGAGGUGAUAUGGCCGGCGGUCCACCAGGAAGUGGCGGUGGUGCUGGUGGCAAUAUGAAUGUAAAUAGCAACCAAAAGCCUCUUCCACAGCGUGGAGUAAGGCAGUACGCGAAUGCACCGGCGCAAGUGACGUACAGUGAGCCACCGCCAUCUCUUAACCCACAACAGAUGCCUGGCCAGAUGCAGCCCAUGUCGACAAAGCCACCGAUGCAUAUGGCCCAUCCACAUCACGCUGUUGUGCCGCCGCAUAUGCCACCGCCGAAUGUUGUGCCAGCCGAGCAUGUCGUGAUUCAGCAGCAUCCUAUGGCAAUGCCACCGCCGGUGCAGCAACAGCAACCACCGCCACCCCAACAGCAACAGCAGGCACAGGUGCAGGCACCACCGCCCCAACCCCAACGUACGGUUGUCGUUCGGAAUCGGGACAUGGAAAUUGACAAUCUGCGCAAGUUCGGGCAAGACUUUAAACUGGCCCCGCCCCAGCAGCAACCGCCGAUGCCAAACGUACAUCAGCAACCGCCACCUCCGACUCCACAGCAGCAGCAACAACAGCAGCCACAGCAAGGGCCACCCUCGCACAACGUCGUAGUCCAACAGGCGCCUCCUCCUCAGCAACAACCCGACCACACAUCGCCACCAUCACUGGACAGUUCGCCCCCAUUGGUUAACAGCCAGCAGCAGGGCAAAAUGGUGGUAUCGGCACCGCACAGUGAGCCACCACCCCAGGCAGCACCAUUGAACCAGCAACAAAAUCAAGCCUCGCAAACCGCUUCGGGCAUGGUGGUGGUACCGACACAGCUGUCCUCCCAGUCGCCACACCUGGUACAGCAACCUCCUCCGGUCGUACAGCAGCAACCAGGGCAACAGCAGCCGGUAGUUGUUGGUGGUUCGCCGCCCCAGCAACAGCAACCGCAAACGAAUCAUGUCGGUGGUGCUCCUGGCGGUGCGCCCACUGUAACGGGCCCCGGUGGUCAGAAUGCAAUCGCUGGUAGCGUAACGCCUAGUGCUGCACCGAACGGUAAUGCGAAUGGCGUUGGCACUCCCGAUGGAACGCCCGCCAAUGGAAGUGCCAGCGGGGAACAGAAGCCUGGUACGGCCCCGAAGAAGGUGUUCACAUUGAAUCCGGCAGCGAAACCAUUUACUCCCCGCAGCCCAAGCACUCCCAAUCCAUCACGCCCACCAAACACUAACAGUAACAUAAGUAUCAUUAAUGGUAAUCCUUAUUUCGCACGCCCACUGAAAAGUCACACGUCUUCUAGCCCGCACACGCCGCAAACGCCGGGCCCAGCCGCGUUAACGCCGGGCUCCUUCCAGCCACCAUCACCGCAUGUCAUUCCGCAGCAGUUCGUGAUGUCGUAUGUGGUGAAUCCGUCCUCUUUCUCAACCGCCCAGCAACACCAACAGGUGGCACAGCAGACGCGCAUCCGCAAUGGCCGACAAGGUAGCUACCGGAAUGACAUUUUUCCAGUCGGUGCUUCGCAGAUGCAGGUGGCCGCCGCAACUGGACAGCCACUGUUGGCGCCUAAUCCCAUACAAAUGAUUACCACACCGUACGGGCCGACAAUUCAUCAACCGUUCCAGGCGGCGCCACCAUUCCAUCAGCGGUACAUCUACGAUACGCCGCAACCGGCACCGCUUCAAUAUCUUGCGGCGACCCCGCCCUCCACCACACCAUCGCCCGGCCAACCUCACCAGCAGUACCAUCCGGGACCGCAACCGUCGCCGGCUGGCGGUGGUCCACCAACGUAUCAGGCCGUGCACCACCAGCAACCGACACCGUAUCCAAUUUCGGUGUGUCCGAUCGUACCACCGCAGGUUGUACCGGCCCUAUACCAAAACAUUCAGUCGGCACCACAGCAAAACCAUCAUCAGCAGAACCUGCACGUCAUGCACGUGGCGCAGCAUCCGUCGGCACAGUAG